AGAAAUUAGAGAAUAAAAUGCCAGCACGAUGUUCCUCAGCAGAGAUGCCGAUUCAAGUAAAGACGAUGAGGAGACCGAGUUUCCUGCGUGCUCCCUGCCAGAAUUAUAUGCACUUGCUGAGAAUUUUAAUAAGAAGAGCAAGAAAUCAAGUCGCCUAAAAACUCAUGGCAUGUCACCAAGCGAAGCACAGAAAAUACUUAGUCAAAACCUGAAUGCCAUGUCAUUCACCAGCGGGACUGAUUUGAGAGAAGAUCCCCAAUCUGUGCUCACGUGCAAGGUGGUUAGAAAAGAGGAGGAGAGGCCAGCAUCACUGACUGAACUCCUGCACCGCAGCCUACUGACCACCUUGCACUCAGAACUCGACAGACUCGCCAAGUCCCAGCAGAGACUCGCUCAGCACGGCAUCCCUCCUCCCUUGCACACCUUUCCUUAUGAGAUUCUAAUCGAGAACUCCAAUUUUUGGGCCACGACACGGAAGAGGAUUCAAAAUUUCAGAAGAUCAUCCAAGCCGAGCUUUUCCCGCUCCAAGCCAGACAAGUUUUUAUUUGAAGAUAAGAUUUCUGAAUACUUAUUAGUUGAACCAGAAAAACAAUUCAUGGAUCUAAGGGAUCUGGAAUGGAAAUAUUACAAGGGGAUCACAAAGUGGGCACGCAAAACUUCGGCUUCAUAUACAAACAUACAGUACAACAGUGAGAAGAGAUUUGUAGAGAGUCAGGAGAUGCCUGAUGUUAUUUUCCCUCCUCUGGUUCGUAGGUCUUUGAUUGUGUGUUCUCAAAUUGAUAAUGAACAGAAUGUACUUUCUUUUUCUUAA